AUGUCGCUGCUGUGCGUCCGAGUAAAGAAAGCCAAGCUCCAAGGGCCUCCAGACAAGUUCAACGCCUACGUGACGCUGAAGGUGCAGAAUGUCAAAAGCACCACCAUCACUGUGCGGGGGGACCAGCCCUGCUGGGAACAGGACUUUAUGUUUGAGAUCAACCGUCUGGAUCUCGGCCUCAUCGUGGAGGUGUGGAACAAAGGCCUCAUCUGGGACACCAUGGUGGGGACCUCCUGGAUUCCUCUGAAGAGCGUCCGGCAUUCAGAGGAGGAGGGCUCAGGAGAAUGGAUCUGCAUGGACGCAGAGGUUCUGAUGAAGGCGGACGAGAUCUACGGCACCAAGAACCCGACUCCUCAUCGAGUCCUGCUGGACACUCGUUUCGAGCUGCCCUUUGACAUCCCAGAUGACGAGGCUCAGUACUGGACGGGCAAGCUUGACAACAUCAACACCCUCCGAAUCCACGAUGAGUACCCUCUUCAGGAUGACGUCCAGAGUCGCCCACUGCCGUUCGCCGCCUCCCAGUGCUCUCUAGACGACCAGGACAGCGCCGUAGAUGACCGCGACAGCGACUACCGCAGUGAGACGAGCAACAGUCUGCCUCCGCGCUACCACACAACGGCUCAGCCCAACUCCUCCAUGCACCAGUACCCCAUGGGGCCUCGGCUGCCGCACCACCCAGACUCCUGCACCGACUCUGUGCACAGCUUUGACCUGGACUACCGGGAACAGAGAGGAAGCAGUCCAGUGGAAAGUAGUCGUUUUGGGUCAUCAGGAAACCUGAGCCAGACCAGCUCCCAGCUCAGUGGCCAGGAGAGCACCGGAGGGUCCGAACUGGAGGAGACCUUCCAUUCCUUCCACAGCACCGGCUUCCACCCCUCCUCCAAUGGACAGCCACGCACUAACGGACACGCUCCCACCAAUGGACACUCUCCGGCUGGCGAGCAGGAGAUUCACCGGCUGACUCCGGAAUCAGGACGAAGCCUGAAAAAUGGCACCCCGGUGGAGAGAGUAUCUUCUAAACUCCAGAGGUUCCAUGAUGAUGGACCACCGUUACCGUUUUCACCAUCUAGAGUUCAUUGGUUGAAGGCCAUCAAUAAAGUCAGGGUUCAGCUCCGGGAGGUUCGAGAUGAAGAAUCCAAUCCGAGACAGGCCUGGGUCAAACCGGGUGGGGGUCCUGGCCUGUAUGGAAUCGACAGCAUGCCAGACCUGCGUAAAAAGAAGCCCAUCCCCUUGGUCAGCGAUGUGGCUAUGUCGCUCGUCCAAGCCAGGAAGGCGGGAAUCGCGUCUUCUAUGGCUGCACGCUCCUCGAUCAAAGAGGAGGAGCUGAAAACCCAUGUGUACAAGAAGACGCUGCAGGCGCUCAUCUACCCCAUAUCCUGCACGACCCCACAUAACUUUGAAGUGUGGACGGCCACCACCCCGACAUACUGCUACGAGUGUGAGGGGUUGCUGUGGGGGAUCGCCCGCCAAGGCAUGCGUUGCUCCGAGUGCGGUGUCAAGUGCCACGAGAAGUGCCAAGAGCUGCUGAAUGCCGACUGUCUGCAGCGUGCCGCGGAGAAGAGCUCGAAGCACGGAGCGGAGGACAAGACUCAGAAUAUCAUCAUGGCCAUGAAGGACAGGAUGAAGAUCCGGGAGAGGAACAAGCCGGAGAUCUUCGAACUCAUCAGGGAAGUGUUUAUCAUCAGUAAAGCCAUCCACGCACAGCAGAUGAAGACCAUCAAGCAGAGCGUUCUGGACGGGACCUCCAAGUGGUCGGCCAAGAUCACCAUCACAGUUGUUUGUGCACAAGGGCUUCAGGCGAAGGACAAGACGGGAUCCAGCGAUCCGUACGUCACAGUUCAGGUGGGAAAGACCAAGAAAAGAACCAAGACCAUUUAUGGAAACCUCAAUCCUGUCUGGGAGGAGAAGUACCACUUUGAGUGCCACAACUCGUCAGACCGAAUCAAAGUGCGCGUGUGGGACGAGGACGACGACAUCAAGUCCAGGGUGAAGCAGCGUCUCAAGAGGGAAUCCGAUGAUUUCCUCGGCCAGAGUAUUAUUGAAGUUCGAACGCUGAGCGGAGAAAUGGACGUCUGGUACAACCUGGAGAAGAGGACGGACAAGUCGGCGGUGUCGGGCGCCAUUCGCCUGCAGAUCAACGUGGAGAUUAAGGGAGAGGAGAAAGUGGCUCCGUACCAUGUGCAGUACACGUGUUUGCAUGAGAACCUGUUCCACCAUUCCAACGACUUGCUCGGCCAAGGUGUGGUGAAAAUCCCCGACCCUCGUGGAGACGACUCCUGGAAAAUCUACUUUGACGACGUGGCCCAGGAGGUAGUGGACGAGUUCGCCAUGCGCUACGGGAUCGAGUCCAUCUACCAAGCCAUGACUCACUUUGCCUGUCUGUCAUCCAAGUACAUGUGUCCCGGGGUUCCUGCCGUGAUGAGCACCCUGCUGGCCAAUAUCAAUGCUUUCUACGCCCACACCACCGCCUCCACCAAUGUGUCCGCCUCCGACCGCUUCGCUGCCUCCAAUUUUGGGAAAGAACGCUUUGUCAAGCUCUUGGACCAGUUGCACAACUCACUGCGCAUUGACCUCUCCACAUACAGGAACCACUUCCCUGCCAGCAAUAAGGAUCGCCUGCAGGACUUAAAAUCCACCGUGGACCUUCUAACCAGCAUCACCUUCUUCAGGAUGAAGGUCCAGGAGCUGCAGUCUCCGCCCAGAGCCAGCCAGGUGGUGAGGGACUGUGUCAAGGCCUGUCUCAACUCCACCUUCGACUACAUCUUCAACAACUGCCACGAGCUGUACAACAGACAGUAUCAACCUGCAGACACGAACAAGGAGGACGUCCCUCUGGAGGAGCAGGGUCCCAGUGUCAAGAACCUGGACUUCUGGCCCAAACUCAUCAUGCUCAUCGUCUCCAUCAUUGAAGAGGACAGGAACUCCUACACAUCCGUGCUCAACCAGUUCCCUCAAGAGCUGAGUGUCGGGAAGGUGUCAGCAGAGGUCAUGUGGACGUUGUUUGCUCAGGACAUGAAGUAUGCAAUGGAAGAGCACGAGAAGCACCGGCUGUGUAAGAGCACCGACUACAUGAACCUGCACUUCAAGGUCAAGUGGCUCUACAACGAAUAUGUCAAGGAGCUGCCGAGCGUCAAGGGCGUCGUCCCCGACUACCCGUCAUGGUUCGUACAGUUCGUGCUGCAGUGGUUGGCUGAAAACGAGGACGUGUCUGUUGAGUUCAUGCACGGAGCCCUGGAGAGAGACAAGAAAGACGGAUUCCAGCAGACGUCUGAGCACGCUCUGUUCUCCUGCUCCGUCGUGGACAUCUUCACGCAGCUCAACCAGAGUUUUGAGAUCAUCAAGAAGCUGGAAUGUCCCGACCCGAGCGUCAUGGCUCAGUACAGCCGCCGCUUCUCCAAGACAAUUUCCAAAGUUCUCCUGCUGUACAGCGCCAUUCUGACCAAGAACUUCCCUUCUUACAUCGACAAGGAGAAGAUUCCCUGCGUCCUGCUGAAUAAUGUGCAGCAGUUGAGGAUCCAGCUGGAGAAGAUGUUUGAGUCGAUGGGAGCCAAACAGUUGGACCCUGAGGCCAGCGACCUCCUGAACGACCUUCAGGUGAAGCUGAACAACGUGCUGGACGAGCUCAGCAGCACAUUUGGGAACAGCUUCCAGAGCCGUAUCACCGAGUGCAUGCGACAGAUGGCGGCGCUGCUCUACCAGAUCAAGGGGCCGCUCAACGCCAGCAACAAGAACCAGGUGGAGGGCGACUCUGACAACAUGCUCAGGCCACUCAUGGACUUCCUGGACGGGAGGCUGACCCUUUUCGCCACAGUUUGUGAGAAGACCGUCCUGAAGCGUGUGCUGAAGGAGCUUUGGAGGAUCGUGAUGAGCAGCCUGGAGAAGACCAUUGUCCUUCCGCAGGGCAGCGACACCUUUGGAGCGCAGAUCCUCUCGGCGGCCAAAGAGCUCGGUCAGCUCUCCAAACUCAAGGAUCACAUGGCGGGCGAGGCUAAGAGCCUGUCUCCCAGGCAGUGUGCUGUCAUGGACGUGGCACUGGACACGAUCAAGCAAUACUUCCAUGCGGGCGGCAACGGGCUGAAGAAGGCGUUCCUGGAGAAGAGUCCCGAGCUGUCCUCGCUGCGCCACGCGCUGUCGCUCUACACACAGACAACAGACACACUCAUCAAGACCUUCGUCACCUCCCAGCACGCACAAGGCUCCGGCGUGGACAAGCCCAUCGGCGAGGUGUGCGUCCAGAUCGAGCUGUACACGCAUCCCGGGAGCGGCGAGCGAAAGGUCACCGUCAAAGUCAUGGGGGCGGGCGAUUUAAAAUGGCAGACGUCCGGCAUGUUCCGGCCCUUCGUGGAGACCAGCAUGAUCGGGCCUCAGCUCAGCGACAAGAAACGCAAGUUCCAGACCAAGUCCAAGAACAACAGCUGGUCCCCCAAGUUCAACGAGACCUUCAACUUUGCUCUGGGUAACCAGGAGGGCUUCGAGUGCUACGAGCUGCAGGUCUGCGUCAAAGACUACUGCUUCGGCCGCGCCGACCGGGUGGUGGGCGUGGCCGUGCUGCAGCUGAGGGACAUCAUGGAGAAGGGCAACUGCGCCUGCUGGUGUCCGCUGGGCCAACGCAUCACCAUGGACGACACGGGCCUCACCGCCAUGCGCAUCCUGUCGCAGCGCUCCAACGACGACGUGGCCAAGGAGUUCGUGAGGCUGAAGUCGGAAACGCGAUCGGCCGAGGAGGGCAGAUGAGAGGAGGAGGGCUGGAGACGGACAGAGAGAGAGAGAGAGAGACAGAGAGAGGAAGGAAGGAGGGACUCAGAAUUUCAGAAUAAGAGACGCAUCCAGGGAAUCGUUUUCCUGCGUCCGACCACGUGGACAAACACUCUCGAACAUUAGUGACCUUCACACUGACCAGCUGAUCCAACAGGAAGUGACCACCCAUCCACUCACUUCUUUUUAACCCCCCCCACCCCUUCUCCAGGGCCGCAGUGGCUCAGUGCACACGCCACAGCCUCAAGGGAACAAAGGAGGCCGGCCGGGCCCCCUGCUGGAGGGCCGAACAAGUCCCCCCCCCUUCCGAGUGUUGUUGUGCAAUAACCCCCCCCGCCCAAGCGUGGCCAUGUGUUUGAUGCCUUACACUGAAAACUGUGAAUGUGUGAAGUCCGUAGCUUCACUGUGAUGGUCGGGGUAAAAUGUGAAACUACUGAACUGGACGCAGAAAUAUUUGACUGGUUAAUCAUGUGAAGCUGAAAAUGGAGAGAAGGUACUAAAGAGAAAUAACCCUUAAAGUUUCCCCUUCGUUCAAAGUAUUGAUGUGUGCCUUGCCAUGUUAAGUCUCCACUCCUUUUUUUUAACCUUUAAGGAGAAACAAAUACUGACAAAUCAUCCGUUGAUCACGAUUUACGCCGUAACAAAAAUCAACAACAACAACAUGGUUUAAAUCAGUUGAAAUGAAAGUUUGUGUUGAAGCAGAGUCCUCGUUUUUUUGUUCAUAUUUAUUUAUGAGCUCAUCUAACAACUCGUGGCUCACGUGGCCUGAAGUCCGGCCGCGAUGGUGCAGCCAUUUUAUUUAUUUUUUUAUAUGUAUUUAUUGACGUCUGUGCGUUUUUUUUUCAAAAGCCUGCGAUUUAAAAAAAUGUUGUUUACCGACGUGUGUGUGUGUGUGUGUGUGUUGAGAAUUUGCACAAUGUGAACGAGUGGCUUCUGCAGCGUUAACACAUGAUAUUUAAUUUUCUUUUAUUCACAAGACGAGAUGAACGCUGUCGCUCGCAUUUUAAAGUCAUGACCUGCUGUUGGUUGUGAAACUAAAUGAAAGAGAGAACUUUCUUUCAGGAUUAAAUUGUUUGUUUUUUCAUCAAAAUCACUGAAAUAUGCCCUAUUUCCCAAUGUUAAAGAAAGUGGAAGAAAUAAUACUGGAUCGGCUCCUUAGUCCAGAUCAAUGCCAAACUAUUAUGGGUUCUUUCUUUCACCGUGUCCCAUCAUCCCACCAAGUUUUAUUGAAAUCUGUCGAGUACUUUUUGUGUCAUCCUGUUCACAAACAAACCCACAGGGCGAAAACGAAACCUUGAGGUUGAACUUUCAGGUUUUUACAAUAUCUGAUGAGGAUUGAAGGAUAAUUUACAUAUUAUCUUCCUGCUCUGUUUCCUCUCUUCCUAUCAGUGGCCUUACUUUACAAACUCAAUAGUUUUUUUUUUUUUAUGUAUUUCCUCUGAGGUUCGGCCACUCGUUUUGCCCACGAUGAUGUCAAACAUGUUUUUUCCAAGCGAUGCUCCUUAUCACGUAGUAUUUAAUUUUUUCUAUCUUUGAUGACAAACACUGUACUUAUACACAGGUUGGGUUUUCUUUGUAGUCUCUUUAUAUUUUGUGUGAGUUGUUUUUUUUGUAAAUAUUCCCCCUUAUCAUCCUCUUGUUGUAAGAUAUGUGUUUUUAUGGACGGAGAUAUUAUGCAGUGCGACGUGUGCCAGUGAAUUUGUUCCCAAAUGAUGGAGAAAUAUUAAAAAUGUUCCACUUAAUGAAGGAUGUUGUGUUAAUACGAGAACCUCAGUGCGUGCACACGCUUGAACCAAUCACACAUCACCCUCCUUUGUUACACUUCUGUCACAGCCAUUCUGUAAAAUACACAACUCCUCGUGCCAAGUUGCAAAUGUUCACUUCUUUUAUUUAUGUUGUUUUUUUUAAAGAUUUUUCUGUAUUUUCUAAAAGUUUCUUGACCCAUUCACUAAAUCACUGCAAUAUUCAAAAACAGGUUCAGUCCAACACGGUAACUGCAUUUUUUUUGUGGUGUUUUCUUUGUAUCGUCACUACUUUGAAAUGUUGUCGUCAUCAUGUAAACACUUGAUUUAAUGAAUUUUGUAUAAAGUA